AUGCCGCUCCUCCAGCUGUGCUUGGGGUCAGGCUGGUGCCUGCGCCGGGUCCUCCACCCGUCAUGGGGCUUCGUGGAGUUCAUGGCAGGCUUGACGUGUGUGGCCAGCCCGGGGUCUGGGCCCGUCCAGUGCCUGCUGGUGUCUGGGCAGCGCUUGCCUGUGGCCUGGGCCUGGGGGGUGGGCUCUGCAGGCCUGUCACAGCUGCAGGCCCAGCCCUGGUUCUGUUCUCCGCACAGCCUGUGCCUGUUGCUUCUGCAAGCCCUCCAGCUUUGCCCGGCAGAGUAA